AUGCUUAAUGUUAACGUGGGAGUGCUGGGACAUGUCGACUCAGGAAAAACGAGCCUAGCAAAAGUCUUAAGCACUAUUGCUAGUACUAGCGCGUUUGAUAAAAAUCCUCAGAGUAAAAAACGAGGUAUCACGCUUGAUCUUGGAUUUUCCUCCUUUAUCGUGGAUUCGGCGGGCUACCCUUUUAUGCCUUCUAUACGCGAAAACUUCGAAAAGGUUCAGUUUACCCUUGUUGACUGUCCCGGGCAUGGGUCACUCAUAAAGACGGUUUUGUGUGGGUCCCAAAUAAUCGAUAUCGUCAUUCUUGUUGUCGAUGUCACUAAGGGUUUUCAAACCCAAACUGCCGAGUGUUUGGUGAUUGGUGAGAUAGCUUGUGAGAAAAUGUUGGUUGUCCUCAAUAAGUGUGAUUUGUUACAUGAAAAUCAAAGGAACGAAUUAAUUCAGAAGAUGAAAAAGCGUAUCCUAAAAACGUUGGAGAAUACAAUUUUUAAACAGUCGGAAAUUGCAGAAAUUUCAGCUGCUCCUGGUGGUGUUCAGGUAGAAUUUACAUCUGAACAACGUACAAACAAUUCACAAGAAAUUAAAAAUCUAAUCUCUUUAUUGGCACGAUCAAUACAUGAUCCAACUGAGAAGCGUAAUAAGUUGAAAGAUAUGGGUUUUGUAUUUGCUGUGGAUCAUUGUUUCACAAUUACCGGACAAGGUACCAUUCUUACUGGAACUGUGCUAUCUGGGACUACAAGUGUUGGUCAAACCAUUGGUUUACCUUAUCAACGAAUUCAAAAGAAGAUUAAAUCUAUUCAAGUAUUUCGUCAACCAAUUCAAUCAAUUGGACCAGGUGAUCGUGCUGGUAUUUGUGUAUCACAAUUAGAUUCAAAUUUAUUAGAACGUGGUCUUAUUGGUGAUAUAACUUCAACAGAGAAUUUAAUUCCAUGUUAUGCAUGUAUAUUAACUUGUAUUAAAAAAGUAUCCUAUUUUAAAUCAUCUAUUAAAAGUCAAUCACGUUUACAUAUAUUUAUUAGUCAAGAAACUGUAUUAAGUAGUUUAACAUUUUUUACUAAAAUCAAAUCGGAUAAACAUUUAAAUGGUAUAGAAAAUUCAAAUGAAUUUGAUAAAACAACAAUGUAUCAGUAUGUUGAUGAGAUUUCUAAUGAAACAGAUGAUAAUCUUUAUCUAUUAUUGGAAUUUGAACAUCCAAUUAUUUGUCCAAUGAAUGGAUUAGCUAUUGGCGCUAAAUUAGAUACAUAUUCAAUAAGUAGUUGUCGUAUCGCUUUACAUGGACGUGUUUUAGUACAAUUAAAUGAUUCAAAUUAUAAAUCAAAUUAUUUAAGUAAAUUACUUGUAUGUAAAUCUAAAACUCGUCGUGGUCAACUUGAACGAAUUGUUAAUCCACGAAUGUGUAUUGUUCAUGGCUUAUUUAAACGUGAAACGAAUUGGGAAAUAUUUGUUGGUUUACGUGCUUAUUUAAUUAUUAAAUCACAUGAAGAUUCUUCUGAUCAUAUUCAACGUAUAUAUGGUUAUAUUGAAUCUAGUUUUGGUCAAAGCGGAAAAUGUCGUUUAGCUUUAGAAAAUGAUCUUCCUGAUGAGAUAUUGGCACAGUAUUCUUCAAAAGCCGGCAGAAAACAAAUAUCACAACCGAAUAUUGAAGUUAUACUUGAAUUCAAAAAAAAUAUAUUUGAUCCACAACGUCGUACUUGGUGCUCAGGGAAUAAUGUGUUCGCAUUUCCUAGCGAACUUUGGGGAUUGAAGCUCCAACGCGCUAUUUCGUCAUCUGCGGAACAUGUCGGGAAUUCAGAUUGUAAUGGGUCUAUACUAAAAUUGUUAAAGGUCAUUGUACUAGCCAAACGGAAUUAUUUUCAUGCGGGUGUGUUUAUUCGAAUCUUCUUGGCUUUACUUAUACUGUCUGUCAUCCUGAAAGUUGUAAAGGAAAAAGUCAUCUUAUGGUUGUAUGGCCAAAACGCUGAUUCGGGAAUGUCUGUGUUAACAAGAGGAUAUAUGAUAUCGGAUGUAUCAACAAAAAGGUUAAGAAAUAGUUCUGUGAUAACUAGCUUUCAGCCGUCUGGCAGUAAUAUGUAUGGUGAUCCGAUUCGAGUAACUGUUUCUAGCAUUAAAGCCGUCGAGUUUUGUGUCUUACGUGAUGUUUCAUUGUCUUCUUUCCAUGACAUAUUGACUAGUGACCACAAAAAUCUUAGAGAUUAUAUUGUUACCAACGCUACCGAAAGAUAUACUGUAAAACCUGGAAGUCAAGACAUAUCCAUACACGCGAACGUUCAGUCUUGCCCUGAUCAUUCGAAACGCGAUAAAUAUUCAAUUGUUAUUGGUCUAGUUUCAAGUACUCUAGAUUCACUGGAUGAGGAAAUAAAUAUUACAUGCUACAUAAUUCAUGUAAAGAUUCGAGAAGAGGAACAUGUGAAUACAAGUAUCAUGUAUACAUAUUGGAAAACUAAUUGGAACCGUCUUCUGACUCCACAGAUCCUUUUUGAUGCUGGUGAAAAUAUGAACACAAUUGAUGAAACUACUAUUUUACCAACGAAAACAAUCACAUCAUAUAUAAAUAAUGAUAAAGUUUGUCAAAAAACAUGGAGACCAUGUUGUUUCAUAUGUCUUUCUUUAGAAACUACUUAUAAUCUACGUGUACUUUUACCAUGUCGACAUGCCGUCAUUUGUUCUGAUUGUUUUAAAUCAUUAUAUAAAUCAGCAAUGUUUUCAGUAAAUCAUCAUUUAAUUGGAUAUAUUACUUGUCCAAUAUGUCGUACACCUAUAAAUUCAACCUUAUUAUUACCUAGAAUCAAUUAUAAUGAUGAAUUAGAUAGUGAAGUUACUAAUGUCAUGAAUGGUGAUAUCAUAACUAAUAUUACAGAGAUCUCUAUGUAA